AUGGAGGACCACGAAAUAGACCUACCUUUGCUGCUCGAACAGCUGAUGGUGCAGGUUUUGGGUUUGGUAUGGAAAGCCAACAAAUCGAUGAUCACACUGAAACCCGAUCUGCUGCUCCAGAUCGUCCAUACUCACCCUUCACGUCAACCUCUCCUCAGGCAACCGGUGUUCGAAGGUUUACAAGCAGUUUUCUCGGGAAGUCUCAUGAUGGAGGCAGGGAAGCAGACAUGGAGCAGCAAAGAACCCCAGGCGUGGUUUUGGAAGGAGAAGGCUGAACAGAGAUCUGGCACAUCAGAUGACUCCGAAAAGCUAGGCACCUUUUCAGGUGUCUUUGUUCCCACCACCUUGAAUGUGCUGAGUAUUCUUAUGUUUCUUCGGUUUGGGUUCAUUCUGGGACAAGCUGGAGUUCUGGGUACAUUGGGAAUGCUUGCCGCCUCUUACCUAAUAAAUCUCCUUACAACCAUGUCUAUUUCAGCUAUCGCAACAAACGGAACCGUCCGUGGAGGUGGUGCCUACUAUCUUAUAUCUAGGUCCCUCGGCCCGGAGUUCGGUGGCUCAAUUGGAAUUGUGUUUUAUAUCGGAUUCGUCCUCAACACUGGAAUGAAUGCAGUUGGCUUGGUCAACUGUCUGAUUCAAAGCUUUGGAUCCGUAUCCGGCAAAUGGUCUCAGUUUUUGCUAGAAGGAUUUGGCUGGACCUAUCUCUGGGCCACUAUCGUCAUGACUCUCUGUACGGGAAUUUGUCUCGCGGGGAGCUCUAUAUUCUCACGCGCUAGCAAUGGUCUCCUUGUUAUUUUGCUUGUGUCAACCUUCAGCAUUCCGUUCUCUGCGCUCAUGAUGGAACCAUUCAAAAAUGAAACCCUGGGAAUUGAAUUUACUGGGCUAAGCUCAAAAACAUUCCUGGAUAAUCUUUUCCCAAGGCUUACAAAAGGUGCCGCUGGGAGUCAAAUACAUGGCAGGGUGACCUUUCAGGAUUUGUUUGGUAUCCUAUUCCCUGCAACUGGGGGUAUAUUCGCGUACGAAUACUUUUAUUACCACGCUUUUCUGAUCCCCAGAAAAUCCCUCUAUAACGAUGUCAAUAUCAUCCAAGACACUAAUGUCUCCGGUGUCCUUAUUCUUCUUGGGGAGUUUGCGACCUCUUUUUUUUCAUCCUUAAUGGGGGUCAUUGGCUCUGCAAAAUUACUUCAGGCCAUAGCCCGAGACACCCUUAUCCCAGGAUUGACCGUCUUUGGCCAAGGCACAGCGAAAUAUGAUGAACCCACUAAUGCUAUCGUCUUCACAUUCGUGGUCGCCCAAAUUACGAUGCUUUUUGACAUCAACCAGAUCGCAUCAUUCAUCACAAUGACCUAUCUCAUGACAUUUUUAAAAGGCGGCCUAUUCGUUCUCGGGCACGUUAUAGUCGCGGAUAACUUUGCCAGCGCGGUCCCAGAUGCCCGCCGAGAGCAAACCUCGUGGACUAAAUUUAUCGAAUUUUCUAAAGUCAAGGCGUUUAUCAACAUAUCGAUUGCUCCUAGCAAGGAGUGGGGCAUUAGGAAUAUUGUUCUGAACUCAGGUCUAGGAGGAAUGAGGCCCAAUAUUGUCGUAAUCGAUGAAUUUCGCAAGAUUGAGUGGGUUUCAGAGACGCCCUUUGCAUCUGGUUUGAGAUUCAAUUCCAACUUAAAACCCAUAGCCCCCCAGAACGGCAAUGAAGAUCCCGAUUCUUUGGAUGGCAGAACCGAACCUUGCAGAUAUGACCAUAAAAUGAGUGUUCAGAGCUAUUUAACCGUACUGGAGGACCUGUUGUUCAAAUUACGGAUCAAUGUGGCUGUGGCUAAGGGCUUUGACCAACUUGAGCUACCCGCGAGUGGCAAAAAUACAAAGAAAUACAUCGAUUUAUGGCCUAUCCAGAUGUCUGCGGAAAUAACGGCGGACGGCGCGAGUAAACAAAACAUUCUGACAACCAACUUCGAUACAUAUACUCUAAUUUUACAGCUCGGAUGCAUUUUGAACACAGUAUCUUCCUGGAAAAAGUCAUACCGUCUUCGUGUGGCGGUAUUUGUGGAAUACGAAAGCGAUGUUGAAGAGGAGCGCAGAAGAGUGACAACAUUGCUUGAGAAACUUCGAAUCGAAGCGGAGGUCCUUGUCUUUUGGCUUGCUAGCGGAUGUCCGCCUACUCCGAACCGAAUGGGCCGGUCAACAGAGAGGAGGCAAAGUGGGACAACGGGUGUCGCAUCCCGGAACAACACCACAAUGGCCAACCUCUUCGUUCCAGCGUGGACGUAA